GAUUUUCGACCCAAAUAAAAGAAGCGCAGCAGGAGCCGCAGAAACGCAUACUGCAGAGAAGCCCUUUCGGCUUUACCCGUGUUCCUCACUUCUCUCUUCAGCAAAGACCCACCUCCUCUGUCUCUCCCGGGAACAUCUAACCUUAGGGUUUGUAGUCGCAUCAGCUUUCGCUAGGGUUUCUCUGCUCUGAUUUUUGGUCCCGAAAAUGGCUGGCAAAACUGUGGUCUCGGACGAUGAAGAGGAUGUUGAGGUUGAAGAUAAUGAGGGAGAGCCCCUUGACGAAGAAGACCGCCGUCGCCAUGACGAUGACGAGGACGAAGAGGAUGACGAAGGGCAGGAUGAAUAUGAGAAGGAUGGAUUUAUAGUAGAUGAUGUUGAUGAAGAAGAACAGGAUGAAGAAGAAGAAAGAGCAGACAGUGAUGAGGAGAGGCAGAAGAAGAAAAAAAGAAAGAAAAGAGAGUCGGAGAAGAAUUUUGUUCUGGAUGAAGAUGACUAUGAGCUUCUUGAGGAUAAUAACAUUACAGGCUUUCAUCGCCCAAAAAUGGAGAGCAAAAGGUUCAAGCGGCUGAAAAAAGCUCAAAGGGACACUAGGGGGGAGGGCUCUGGUUUUUCUGACGAGGAGGAGUUUGAUGGAAGUGGGAAGAGUGGAAGGACUGCUGAGGAGAAGCUUAAGCGGAGCUUAUUUGGUGAUGAUGAAGCACCAAUUGAUGAUAUUGCUGAAGAGGAACAAUUUGAAGAGGAUGGGGACAUUGGCGAAGAUGAUGAAAUGGCAGACUUCAUAGUGGAAGAGGAAGAAGUUGAUGAGCAUGGUGCUCCAGUGAGAAGGAGAAAACCUAACAAAAAGAAGUCUAGGCAAGCACCAGGAGUUUCAUCAUCUGCCUUACAGGAAGCACAUGAAAUAUUUGGUGAUGUUGAUGAACUCCUGCAGCUCCGCAAACAAGGGUUAGAUUCUGGAGAGUGGAGGGAAAGAAGGCUUGAAGAUGAAUUUGAACCAAUUAUUCUUUCUGAAAAAUAUAUGACAGAGAAGGAUGAUCGGAUGCGGGAGAUUGAUAUUCCGGAAAGAAUGCAGAUAUUAGAGGAAAGCACUGGAUCUCCUCCAACUGAUGAAAUCAGUAUAGAAGAAGAGUGCAAUUGGAUUUUUAAUCAGCUUGCAACUGGUAUGGUUCCUUUGUUGAGAAGCAAAGGGACAUCUGAAGCAGGUCACGAUCUGUCAAUAAACAAGGAUGACAUUAUGAGAUUCUUGGACUUGGUCCACGUGCAAAAAUUAGAUGUCCCUUUUAUUGCAAUGUACCGAAAGGAGGAGUGCCUAAGCCUAUUGAAAGACCCAGAUCAACUGGAAGCAGAUGAUGGGAAUCUAGAUAACCCUGAGAAAACACCUAAGCUAAAGUGGCACAAGGUACUUUGGGCUAUUCAGGACUUGGACAGAAAGUGGCUGCUUCUUCAGAAGCGAAAGAGUGCUCUACAGUCAUAUUACAAUAGACGUUUUGAAGAAGAAUCUAGGAGAAUAUAUGAUGAAACAAGGCUCUCUUUGAACCAGCAGCUUUUUGAAUCAAUUAUUAAGUCGCUCAAGGCUGCAGAAUCAGAAAGAGAGGUCGAUGAUGCUGACUCAAAGUUUAAUUUGCAUUUUCCUCCUGGUGAGGUUGGUGUUGAUGAAGGACAAUAUAAGAGACCUAAAAGAAAGUCACAAUAUAGCAUCUGCAGUAAGGCUGGCCUAUGGGAGGUUGCAAACAAGUUUGGCUAUAGCUCUGAACAAUUUGGAUUGCAGAUAUCUUUAGAAAAGAUGAGAAUGGAUGAGCUGGAAGAUGCCAAAGAACCACCAGAGGAGAUGGCUUCAAAUUUCACAUGUGCGAUGUUUGAGACACCUCAGGCUGUGCUCAAGGGGGCUAGGCACAUGGCAGCCGUUGAGAUCAGUUGUGAGCCAUGUGUCAGGAAACAUGUUCGCAGCAUCUAUAUGGAUAAUGCUGUUGUAUCGACAAGUCCAACACCUGAUGGGAAUGUGGUUAUAGAUGCUUUCCAUCAGUUUGCAGGGGUUAAGUGGUUACGUGAAAAGCCAGUGACCAAAUUUGAGGAUGCACAGUGGCUCCUAAUCCAAAAGGCUGAGGAGGAGAAGCUUCUCCAAGUUACUAUUAAGUUGCCAGAACUUGUGCUAAACAAGUUAAUAAGUGAUUCUAAUGAUUAUUAUCUCAGUGAUGGUGUUAGUAAAUCUGCUCAACUAUGGAAUGAGCAGAGGAAGCUGAUUCUGCAGGAUGCAAUUUUUGGUUUUCUCUUGCCUUCAAUGGAGAAGGAGGCUAGAUCCUUGUUGACCAGUAGAUCAAAAAACUGGUUACUUUUGGAAUAUGGAAAGGUUUUGUGGAACAAAGUCUCUGUGGCUCCAUAUCAGCGGAAGGAAAAUGAUGUUAGCUCAGAUGAUGAAGCUGCAUUGAGGGUCAUGGCUUGCUGUUGGGGCCCUGGAAAGCCAGCCACCUCUUUUGUGAUGUUGGAUUCAUCAGGAGAAGUGCUGGAUGUGUUGUAUACUGGGUCCCUUACUCUUAGGUCUCAAAAUGUUAAUGAUCAGCAACGUAAGAAAAAUGAUCAGCAACGUGUUCUGAAAUUCAUGACAGACCAUCAACCGCAUGUUGUUGUCCUAGGAGCCGUAAAUUUGUCUUGUAACAAGCUGAAGGACGAUAUUUACGAGAUCAUUUUUAAGAUGGUGGAGGAAAAUCCUAGGGAUGUUGGCCAUGAGAUGGAUGGGAUAAGUGUUGUAUAUGGAGAUGAAUCUCUCCCUCAUCUUUAUGAGAAUACACGUAUAUCAUCUGACCAACUACCUGGACAGUCAGGCAUUGUCAAGCGGGCUGUGGCUCUUGGGCGUUAUCUUCAAAAUCCAUUAGCAAUGGUUUCCACACUGUGUGGACCAGGGAGGGAAAUAUUGUCUUGGAAACUUUGUUCUCUAGAGGACUUUAUCACUCCUGAUGAGAAGUAUGGAAUGAUUGAACAGGUUAUGGUUGAUGCCACCAACCAGGUGGGUCUUGACAUCAAUUUGGCUGCAAGCCAUGAAUGGUUGUUUUCUCCCUUACAAUUUAUUUCUGGGCUUGGACCCAGAAAGGCAGCAUCUUUGCAAAGGUCUCUUGUAAGAGCUGGAACAAUUUCCACUCGAAGAGACUUUGUGGUCUUGCAUGGACUUGGUAAAAAGGUGUUUCUAAAUGCAGCUGGAUUUCUGCGUGUGCGGCGGAGUGGAUUGGCUGCUGCUAGCAGCCAAAUCAUUGACUUGUUGGAUGAUACAAGAAUUCAUCCAGAAUCCUAUGGUCUUGCUCAGGAGUUGGCUAAAGAUGUUUAUAGAGCAGAUGUUGAAGAUGAUGCAAAUGAUGAUGAUGAUGAUGCAUUAGAGAUGGCAAUAGAGCAUGUUAGAGACAGACCUAAUAGAUUGAAAGCACUUGAUGUUGAUCAGUAUGCUAAGGAUAAGAAGCUUGAGAAUAAAAGAGAGACUUUAUAUGCUAUCAAAAUGGAACUAAUACAAGGAUUUCAGGAUUGGCGUAGACAGUAUGAAGAACCAACUCAGGAUGAGGAAUUUUAUAUGGUUACUGGAGAAACUGAGGAUACCCUUGCUGAAGGAAGAAUUGUUCAAGCAACAAUUCGCAAAGUGCAGGCUCAAAGGGCAAUUUGUAUGCUUGAAUCUGGAUUAACUGGGAUGCUGGCAAAGGAAGAUUAUUCAGAUGAUUGGAGGGAUAUUUCUGAUUUGAGUGAUAGCAUGCAUGAAGGGGACAUGCUCACAUGCAAGAUUAAAACGAUCCAAAAGAAUAGGUUUCAGGUGUUCCUAGUUUGCAAAGAAAGUGAGAUGAGGAGUAACCGAUAUCAGAAUGCUCCAAACCUUGAUCCCUAUUACCGUGAAGAUCGGAGCAGUUUGCAGAGUGAGCAAGAAAAGGCUCGCAAAGAAAAGGAGCUUGCAAAAAAACAUUUCAAGCCAAGGAUGAUUGUUCAUCCCCGAUUCCAAAAUAUUACAGCUGAUGAAGCAAUGGAGUUCCUAUCGGACAAGGAUCCAGGCGAAAGUAUCAUCCGUCCUAGUUCCCGUGGGCCUUCUUUUCUGACAUUAACUCUUAAAGUUUAUGAUGGAGUUUAUGCGCACAAAGAUAUAGUCGAAGGUGGAAAGGAACACAAGGACAUUACAAGCUUGCUUCGCAUUGGGAAAACCUUGAAAAUAGGAGAGGAUACCUUUGAGGAUUUGGACGAGGUAAUGGAUCGAUAUGUUGAUCCAUUAGUGACUCACUUAAAGGCAAUGCUAAGUUAUCGCAAGUUCAGGAGGGGAACAAAGGCAGAAGUUGAUGAGCAAUUGAGGAUUGAGAAAUCAGAGUAUCCUAUGAGGAUAGUUUAUUGUUUUGGCAUUUCUCAUGAACAUCCGGGCACAUUCAUUCUGACUUAUAUUCGGAGUUCAAAUCCUCACCAUGAGUAUGUAGGUCUAUAUCCGAAGGGAUUCAAGUUCAGGAAAAGGAUGUUUGAGGACAUUGAUCGGCUUGUGGCAUACUUUCAGAGACAUAUUGAUGAUCCCCUGCAUGAAUCUGCUCCUUCAAUCCGAUCUGUUGCUGCUAUGGUUCCUAUGCGAAGCCCUGCAACUGGGGGUUCUUCUGGAGCAUCUGUAGGCAGUGGCUGGGGUGGCUCAGCAAACAGCAGUGAAGGUGGCUGGAGGGGACAGUCUUCAGACAGAGAUAGAUCUUCUACACCAGGUUCCAGAACAGGCCGAAAUGACUACAGAAAUGGUGGUGGUCGGGAUGGACAUCCAAGUGGACUGCCUAGGCCAUAUGGUGGGCGAGGACGGGGACGAGGUUCAUAUGGCAGCAACAGAGGCUAUGGUGCAAACAAUGAGAGGCAGGAUUCGGGGUAUGGUACUCCCAAAUGGGAUUCAGGAUCCAAGGAUGGGGAGGAUGGUUGGAACAGUUUUCCAGGUGCUAAAGUCCAAAACUCACCUGGCAAAGAAUCUUUCCCCGGCAGUUGGGGAGCAGGUGGAAGUGGAAGUGGAAGUGGAACCGGUGGUAGCAAUUGGGGGGGUGGUGGUGGUGGUGGCGGCGGCGGUGGUGGUGGUGGCAGCGACAGUGCUGGAUGGGGCCAAGGAAGCAGUGGUGGAGGGGGAGGGGGAAGUUGGAAUGGUGCGGGUGCAAAUGAUGCUGGGACUGAGACCGGAAAUUCUGGAUGGGGUAGUGGACCUAAGAGAAGCGUGGCAGGCACAAGCUGGUAAUGGAUGGUCUGGACUCUGGAGGCAGCUGGUGAAGCAACACAUCUCAGCUCUGGCCCUGCUCCCAAUAUCUUUACACUCCCAAAUGUUGGAAGUGACAAUUUUAAAGGAAUUUUGGUUCUGCCUCUAGUGAAGUCCGAAUUAUAUAUUUGUAUCUAUCAUUGAUUUUACAUGCAGUAGGAGUAUCAGCUUGCUCAAGAAUUGGUGCUCGUGCCUAUUCACUUAAGUCUCGGUACCUUGCAGUAGAGCAACCCAUCGCCUUUGUGGUUCAUGUUAUUAAAGCUAUUUGUCAGGGAAAA